GAAAGUACGAAAACGUGUGGUGCAAUUUCGUCGCGGUGGCGGUUUCACUAAAACGGAUUUAGCCGGCGGCCGCAAGAUGGCGACGCAUUGCCCGGCGCCGGGCGUCGUGCCGGUGGCAGUCGCAAGGACGACGCCGUCGCCGCCACGUGGGGAGCGAAUUUGAAUCGGCCGCCACCGGCUCUUAGCUUCGUCGUAGGCUCCAAGUCACACAGACCUCGCUCGUUCACCACCACGUAACAAUCAUCACUUUCGUCCCGCUUCAUCCGACCAUUGAUAUUUCACUGUUGUCAAACAUUCUGACUCCAACUCGUGAACCGGCAGAAUGUAAAGCUUGUAUAUCCGUAGUGAGAACGGUUUACCACUUGUUAUUCGUACUGUUACCGAAGCGGGAGAGGAAAACAUCUGGAGAAAGAAAGAGACGGGCUUACGUGUAUAGCGGUGGAAGAGAGAGAAAAAGACUAGAUCAGCGUGACGAAGUCUAGUACACGACAUUGUGCCAGCAGCCGUGGAGUAGGAGGAGGUUAGGAGGGAGAAAAAUCGAGAAGGAAGCGGCAAGUGUCACGAAGGGACUGUUGUCAGUGAGUGGUGGACCGUGGAGUCGAUUGGGCUUGUCAGCGGUCGAGACGUGAUCGAGUUUUCGAACGCGAUUGGUCCCCGAUUCGAUCUCGUGGUAAAACGUGGAAAAAAACAAUUCGAUACGGAAGCGUGUCCGAAAUAAGGAAUCGAUCGAAAGAAGAAGAUCUUUGAGGCGGAAGUGCGUUGACCUUGCCUCCCGGUGCGACCUUGGAAAUUGGCGCCACCGUCGGCCACUUACAGUUUGCAGUUAUCGAGCUGAAAUCGAGUGUGUAACACGACCUCGUUGCAUUGAACUUCAACUUGAGCUUUCGAUCGGUCGAUUCGAGCGCGGUUCGGUAGUCGUGAAGUGAUUUUUUUUCGCGAGUGUUUCAAACCCUUUCGUGUUUGGAAUAUUGAAGCUAGAGACGAAUAAGGAAGAUUUUCCAGAGAGAGAUAUACGCGGACGAGAUUAAACCAUCAAGUCGGAUGGAAUGACUCAAUAUGCGGUCUAGAUUGCAGUCGCUGAUAUUCGCCUUGUUCUGUGUGACGCGCGUCAACGCGGACUUUUUCGCCGAGAAGAAAGAAAUAAAUUAUGAUUUACUCGAGGCUGCCGUGGCGUCUGUCGAUACGGACGACAAUAAUUUGUACAUCGACGAUGGUCUCGAUGGAUUUCCAAGUUUUGGCUUCCGACCCGGAUCCGAAGUUAAACAACCCUAUCGAUUAUACUUGCCGGAAAAAUUGCCAGCAGAGUUCACCCUUGUGGCAACUUUCAAACCGAUGUCCUUUAGGACCAGUUAUCUCUUCGCGGUUUUGAACCCUUUCGAGACAGUGGUGCAAUUAGGGAUUCGUAUAUCGGAUGGACCAGGCACCAAUCAAAAUGUCUCAUUGGUCUACACCAAUUCCGACUUGCAUUCACAUUCAGAAGAGGUGGCGAAAUUCACGGUGCCGAAGUUGUCGAGAAAAUGGUCUAAAAUCGUUAUCAGAGUAUCAACAACGGAUGUCACUUUGUACCUGAAUUGUCACGAGAUGGCCAGACAACGAGUGACAAGAAUUCCUCUGGAAUUGGUAUUCGACACAGCCAGCACGUUGUACAUCGCUCAAGCUGGACCUCAUAUCCAAGAAAAGUAUGACGGUCUACUGCAAUCCUUGAAGCUCUAUCCCGGACAUCCAGCGGAUUUGGUAAAAUGCACGGCCGACUUUAACUUCGACCAAGAUGUGGAUCUCGGCUCAGGUGAAAUCGAUAACGAGGUGAUCGAUAAUGGUUCAGGAUUUGAUAUUAAUUUGACAGACAUCGGACGAGACGAUGACGAAGACAGAAGCGAGGAAAGCAAUCCACCGCCAUUCAUCACACCCCCUCCUCCCAACCCGGACUACAAGGGACCGAAAGGUGAGAAAGGUGAUAAAGGCGACAAGGGUGAGAGCGUUAGAGGACCUCCAGGUCCUCCUGGUCCACCUGGUCAAGAUGAGGGUCCGCCAGGGAAGAAAGGAGAACCCGGCACGUGCACCUGCAAUGCAACAGCCCUGAUGGCAUCCUUUACGAUGCCAAAGAUGAUCCAGGGACCGAAAGGAGAACAAGGGGUGCCGGGGCAAGAAGGAAAACAAGGCCAAAUGGGGCUGACGGGUGUUGCUGGGCCACCAGGAGAGAGAGGAUUAGAAGGGCCACAGGGGCCCAAGGGAGAUAAAGGUGACGUGGGAAUACCGGGACCGGAAGGUCCUCAAGGUCAAAAAGGAGAACCUGGCCGCGAUGGAAUACCAGGAGAAAAGGGCGCUCAAGGACCUCCAGGCCCUCCAGGAAAGGGAGAAUUCUCCGGAUACGAUCCCAGUUGGAAACCCCGAAGCAUUUAUAGGACGGAAGGAAUCACGAUGAGGCCAGGACUGCCAGGGCAGAAAGGCGAAGCAGGCCUUCCGGGAAGUCCAGGACCAAAAGGAGAGACGGGAAUCGCUGGUGCCAAAGGUAACAAAGGCGAGCCAGGUCAUAAAGGCGCGAAAGGGGAUCACGGGAAUGAGGGUGCUCGAGGAAUUCAAGGAUCGAAGGGUGAACCUGGUGCACCGGGAGCGCCGGGUCUCCCUGGUGCACCAGGUGAGAAUGGAAGGCCAGCUGAAAAGGGUGAUAAAGGAGACACAGGGCCAGAAGGGAAGCCAGGCCCCCCGGGAGCGCCUGGACCGCCAGGAUUGCCUGGAUUAAGCGGUCCUGGAGGAGUAAACGUUGGAGAAUCGAUGUUAAGGGAAAAAGGCGACAAAGGAGAGGGUGGUGCGCGUGGUUACAAAGGAGACAAGGGCACCAAAGGCGAGAAGGGAGAUAAAGGUGAUUCUGGACCAGCAGGAAUUCCCGGUGUAAAUGGUAUUCAAGGACCGCAAGGGAACAAAGGCGAGCCAGGCAAGGAUGGAGUUGCCGGUGUUCAGGGAAUCGCGGGUGCAAAAGGUGAAAAAGGUGAGAGAGGUCCGGCAGGAAUCACCACUAUAGCGAGUUCCGGAGACUACAUCACGAUCAAGGGUGAAAAGGGCGCGGAGGGGAAGAGGGGGAGAAGAGGACGCCCUGGACCACCGGGACCCGUCGGCCCACCUGGAAAGCCGGGAGCGAUGGGAGAAAUUGGGUUGCCUGGAUGGGUGAAUACCAUGAAAGGUCGUCCUGGAACUCCCGGACUUCCUGGACCUGUUGGACCAGCGGGGCCCAAGGGAGAAAAAGGAGAACCGGGCACACCGAGCCCUUAUGGAGUCUCUGUCGGUGUAAAGGGUGAUAAAGGAGACGAUGGUUUUCCUGGAAUUCCAGGACAACCAGGAAGGGAAGGUCAAAGAGGACCGCCAGGACCUCCAGGACCACCUGGACCACCAUCUCAAGGAAAUUAUAUUCCAGUCCCGGGACCUCCAGGACCUCCUGGACCACCAGGUCCGCCCGGAUUAUCUUUAAUCGGACAAAAAGGAGAGCCAGGAAUCGGCAGAAGUCACAUCUUUGGUGAAAGAGAUUAUUAUGGAGUUAGACAAGUUCAAAGUGUUAAAAAAAAACACGUUCCAUAUCCUACGCUGCAAGGACCAAGAACUAGUCUAGACGAAUUGAAAGCACUGCGGGAAUUAAAACAAUUGAAGGAACUAAAAGAACAUUUAGGUGCUGGAACAACUGCAACCAGAGGUCCUCUCGAAAGCACAACGAAGAUUGUACCAGGAGCAGUAACUUUUCAAAAUACCGAAGCUAUGACGAAAAUGUCUGCCGUGAGCCCAGUUGGAACAUUAGCUUACAUUAUAGACGAACAAGCACUACUCGUUAGAGUGAAUAAUGGCUGGCAAUACAUUGCAUUGGGCUCACUUUUACCAAUAACUACACCAGCACCACCUACUACAUCACCACCCCCGGUAAAUCCACCUUUUGAGGCUUCUAAUCUGAUCAAUCAAAUACCCGUAAAAGCAGACGGAACAGGAUGGUAUCCACGAAUGUUACGAAUGGCUGCUUUGAACGAACCCUUUACCGGGGACAUGCACGGUGUACGAGGAGCUGACUACGCUUGUUAUCGACAAGCGAAGCGAGCUGGUUUGAGGGGUACAUUCCGCGCAUUCCUCAGUUCUAGAGUUCAAAAUGUUGACAGCAUCGUGAGGCUUGGAGAUCGAGAUUUGCCUAUCGUUAACAUAAAGGGGGACGUUCUCUUCAAUUCGUGGAAGGAAAUGUUCAACGGAAACGGGGCCUAUUUUUCACAAAACCCAAGAAUCUACAGUUUUAAUGGGAAAAAUAUCCUCACUGAUUUUGCAUGGCCAGAAAAAGUGGCAUGGCACGGAUCACAUAAAUUAGGAGACCGAGCAAUGGACACGUAUUGCGACGCUUGGCAUUCAAGUAGUUCGGAUCGUUAUGGAUUAGGAUCACCGUUAACAGGAGGACGUCUCUUGGAACAAGUUCGUUAUUCGUGCGACAACAAGUUCGCGCUACUCUGUAUAGAAGUAACCAGCGAGACCACAAGGAGAAGGAGAAACGCCGAAAUUGUGGAGGACGAGGACGAGAUGUCGGAAAACGAUUACAAAGAAUACUUGGAUUCUCUCAUGGAAGACUAACCUUUAUACCACUUUCUUCCUAAUCUUUUAUUCCUUUUUUCUCUUCUUCAUCAUUAUCAUCUUCUUCUUCUUCUUCUUCUUCUUCUUUCUUCUUUUUCUAUCUUUUAACAUAAACUAUUUGAUAACAAUAUCAUUGUAUAAAUAGAAAUUGAGAUGAGUAAAUCAUAUAUUGUUCCUGUUUGAUUAACUAGCGAAAAACAAUGGAAAAAAAAGAAAGAAACAUAAAACAAGCAUUCAAACAUAGUUUACUAAAUGCAAUGUAAUAUACCAUCUCAUUUCUAAUCAUAAAAUUUGCUUGUAAUUCACAAGAUAUCUUUAUCAAGUCAUUAACCAACGCUUUAAACGAAUUUCCGUUCUCUCUUUAAGAAAUAAGACUGAUCGUUUAGACAUUAAUCAGUGUUUCAUAUCAAUUACUUCGCCUAUACUCUUAAUCCAUCAUCAUUAUCAAGCGUCAAAUAAAAACUUGACGCUAUUAGGAGUUCCCUACAUCACAAUAAACGUCCAGUACUUAUAUCAUUGCUACAGAGAGGAGAUUCUUCGAAGCGUGAUCAAGAUAUUCACCCGAAUCACAAUUUACCUUUAAGGUAUUAAAAGAAAAAAAAAUAAGGCAAAAAGAAAAAAGAUAAACUAAUGAUUAUCUUACGACCUAAUAAAAAAUGUCGGAGUUCAUAUCCGCAAUCGAAUUGCAUUUACACUUUAGCCAAUACAUAUGAGUGUGUAUGUUAGAUGUAAGAAACAAGUUGAUAAAAGGAAAAAAGGAUUCCGUAAAAGAUUAUUAAGUUUUUUGCAUCUGGAAUCCGGAUUUAUGCUCUGUGUAUAAUUUGUGGCAGACACGUUUGAUGCGAUAGUAUUAUAUACAUAAUUGAAUGUAUGAAGCUGCAGAUCCAUAGAUGUAACAUAUGUAUAUGCAGCAAAAGAAUUAUUUAGAAAUUGAAUUGUGAAUAAUUAUAAAUUAUGCUUCGAAAAUUACUCGGUAUAUAUGUAGCAAUAUUUUAUAACUUACGUAUAGUUCUUGUUCAAAACGAAAUACGUUACCACUCACAAGCUAUCGCUGUCUUAAUCGUCGUUGGCCUCUGCUUUUACAUCGAGCAUAAAUCGAGUCUAAGUCAGUGUCUAUAAUUCGAAGAUACGAUAUAUUACUAAUGUUAAACUAAUUUAUUACGAUUAGAUAGAGAAAACGUCGGUCUAUACCUUUAGGUUGUCAGCAUGCUUGUUGGCGAGUUUCAUAUCGGAAAAUAAAGAAAGAAAAUUUUCUCGAUGCCGUAAUGUAGAUCUUGACGUACCGAUGUAAAACCAAUUAUCUUUCGAUAUAGUUUGCACCGACGACUGUUUUAGUUCGAAAUUUUGUAUUAUUUGUACACUUUAUUAUUGUCUUUCUAAAUAAAAAACGGAAAGUACAUUUAA